UUGGCCGCGUUAAAUUAGUCGAGUUAUCAGCCUCCACGGCGACAGGUGUGCGGAAGGUUUACGAAUCGCAGGGCGCAGUACUUGGCAAGCCAUACACCCUGGCCCCCCCCUCGGCAUCGGGCAGCGCGGAAAAAGUGAUUCAGACCCUAAAUGGCCCAAAUGGAGCGGAAAUGGUUACGUGCAAAAUUGUAAAAAUGACCAUAGUGUUGCUCUCUGGCGAAGGAAGUGAGAAUGCCACCAUAUUUUAAGUGCAUCCGCAGUCGCAAUUAAUCUUCGGCCGAACCUAGUGAUUCGAUGGUGACAUGCCCGAUCGUCGUGCUUGCCUCAAGUGAGAAUAUGGCCGCGGUAAUCAAAGUGUUUAACCCACAAAAGCAGUACCAGGAGCAGUAACAACGGCAGAGCAGUAACCGCAACGUAUCGAGAUAAAAACAUUUGGCCAACAGAGAGAGAGAGCAGGGCGGACAACUAACCUCGGCUAAUACACACUAACAAGGAGCAAAAGUCAUUUAGUUGGCCAUUAGGUGGGACGCCCCCUCUCUAUACCCUCUAUAUUUCCUCAAUUCCCCAUCCUCACCAGCAAUAUGGCCUGCUUUCCCCGAUUAUUCCACCAUCGCAGCAAAAACAAAUUCACGCCCGCCGAAGAUGAAAACACCGAUACGAUACUCAACACACAGGAUAGCCCCGUGCAAAUUGGCCUGUAUAUCCGUCGCGAGGAGAAGCCACUGUACUCGCCCAUCGUCACGCCCAGCGCCAGCGAGGCCAAGCUCCAACGGCUGAGACAGCAGCAGCCGCCCCCCUCAGGUAGCUCCUCCUCGGCGUCGGCCUCUGCCUCGGCCUCUGCCUCGGCCUCAGCCUCCACCUCCGCCUCAGCGGUUCCCUUCGAAAAUGGCAGUGCAAACAAUGGUGGCCAAGAGAAGAAGUUUAAGUCGAACAUGGCCAGGUUACAGAAGGCCAGCAGAGAGAAGGAGAGAGAACGAGAAAAGGACAAGGAGGCCCAGGAACUGGACGAGGACAGGCAAGAGGAUGCGACAACGGCCUCUGUCAACGGCAAUGCAAUUAAUGUCACACGCUCAAAUUCGAAAUUAAAACCGGUCAAAGAGCGUCGUCCCACAGCCCUGCCCUCGGAGGUGCCUAGCAUUGAGAUCGAGGAGGAUUCGCCGGAGGAUGCCAAGGAUACGGCGCAAGAGGAGGACCGGGAGGAGGAGCGAAAACGAGGCGAGGGGCGUGCUAAUGCACAUGCCGUCGAUGUCGUUGAUGGCGGCAAGUCAAAACUCAAAGUGAAUGUGAACGGCAUAAUUGAUGAGAGGGGCGGUGCCGAUGAUGUUGCCACAUUCGAUGUCGCCACACCGCCAAGCACCGCCGCCGCAACACCUGUGACCGAGGGUCCUGUAAAGUUUUUCAUUGGUCACACACAGGAACUAAGCACACACCAAACAGAGGACACUUUGUCCUGGCAGAGCAGCGAUACCAACAACAACCGCAACAACGAUGCCAGCAAUACCAGCAAACUGGCAAAUGGUUUCCUGCCGCUGGAGCGACGGGAUCGGGACAAAGACCAGCUCGAGGCUCCACCCCGUGCCAAGAGCUCCAGCAAUGUGUCACUCAAUUAUCUUGCCAAGCCACCAAGCAAUGCCGGCAGUCCCCGCCGCAGACGAGUGUCCACGAUGCCCGAUAUUAACAUACCGCCGGCACCACCAAUGCCCCCGGAUCUACUCGUCCCGGGAACUCCACUCCAUUUGCGCAAGAAACGGAGCAUGGAGCGUCCCCCUCAGUCGCAGUCCCAGACGCAGUCACCUGGCAUUCCGCCGGAUGCCUCGAAUAAUCAAGAUCAAAUAACUGGGCCCAAGGAGAGCGAUUCCAGCGAUGGCUCGACUGCGAAAACACAACGUGUGGACGGCGGAAUCAUCUACGUCCGACCGAAUGUGCCCAUUCGGGGCGACAUUGAAAUCGAAUUUAUUGCAAAGGACGAGGCCACACGCAAUCUCAUCCGGACGGCCAUCGAGCGCAAUGAUUUCCUCAAUAAUCUAAUGGACAAGGAGCGCAAGGAGAUGGUAAUCAAUGCAAUGGCGCCGUGCUGCUACAAAAAACACAGUUUUAUCAUCCGCGAGCACGAGGAGGGCUCCGAGAUAUAUGUUUCCGCCGAGGGUCAGUACGAUGUUAUCCGUGCGGGUCAGCUGGUUGGAAACUUUGGUCCGGCCACCGUAUUCGGGGAGCUUGCGAUUCUCUACAACGCCCCUCGCCAGGCCACCAUACAGGCUGCCACGGAUGCCCACGUUUGGAAAAUUUCACGUGAAACCUUUAGGGCCAUCAUGCAAAUCUCCGGCUCUAGGGAGCGCGAGGAAAAUCUUCAGUUUCUGCGCUCGGCACCGUUUUUGCAGGAGCUCGACCAGAGCCUGCUGCACAAAGUCGUGGAUCUCCUGCAAAGGAAAUUCUACGAAACCGACACCUGUAUUGUCCGGCAAGGCGAGGUGGGCAACGAGUUCUACAUCAUCCGGUGCGGAACUGUGACCAUAAAAAAGAAGGACGAACAGAACCAGGAGCAUGUGGUGGCAAAAAGGCGAAGGGGAGAGUAUUUUGGGGAGCAGGCGCUUCUGAAUGCGGAUGUUCGACAGGCCAGUGUUUAUGCCGACGCCCCUGGCACGGAAGUCCUAAUGCUGGACAGAGAGGCCUUUAUAAGCUAUUUGGGAACUCUGAAACAACUCCGGGAGAAGCCUAGCCAGCCGGGCGAAUCAUCCGGCAGAUCUAGCAACAGAAGCUUGGAGUUCGACAACGAAUACUCCCAAGUGGCCAUUUCUGAGCUGAAGAAGAUUGCUACCCUCGGAUGCGGAGCCUUUGGACGUGUGGACCUGGUGGCGUAUGGCAAACAGGCAUUGGCUUUGAAGAUCAUCAAGAAAAUCGAGGUGGUCAAACAGGAUCAAAUCGAGCACGUUUACAACGAGAAGAACGUAAUGAUUAAGUGUCGGAACUCGCCCUUUAUAGUGCAGCUCUAUCGCACGUACCGGAAUGACAAAUACGUUUACUUCCUAAUGGAGGCCUGCAUGGGCGGUGAUGUAUGGACGGUGAUGUCGAAGCGGCAGUAUUUCGAAGAGAAAACCGCCAAAUUUAUUGCGGGCUGUGUUGUCGAGGCAUUCGAUUACUUGCACUCCCAUGACUUUAUUUACAGAGACUUGAAGCCCGAAAACUUAAUGCUGGGCACGGACGGGUACUGUAAACUCGUUGACUUUGGUUUUGCCAAGUUUGUACGCCACAACGAGAAGACCAACACGUUUGCCGGCACGCCGGAAUAUGUGGCUCCCGAGAUUAUCCUGGAUCGUGGCCAUGAUCGAGCCGUCGACUACUGGGCCUUGGGUAUCUUGAUCUAUGAACUGCUUGUCGGAAAAACCCCCUUCCGUGGAGUGAACCAGAUCAAGAUCUACCAGCAGAUCCUCAGCGGCAUCGAUGUUAUCCAUAUGCCGUCAAGGAUACCAAAGUCUGCCCAACACCUGGUAAGGCAUCUCUGCAAACAGUUGCCGGCGGAGAGGCUGGGCUACCAGAGGAAGGGAAUCGCGGACAUCAAGCGGCACAGCUGGUUCGAGAGCUUGGACUGGCAGAAGCUGAAACUGAAGCAACUGCAAUCGCCCAUCAAGAGGCCCCUGAAGAGCUGGACGGACCUCCAGUACUUUGGUCCGUCAGGAGUGGAGAACGACUAUGAGCCCCCGGAAGAGAAGAGCGGGUGGGACAAAGACUUUUAAAAGGAAAGAGUUCGAAAGUAUUUAAUCGGAUAUUAGUUAAUAGUCAGAAAGAACUUGUACUUAAAACAGCCACAAAGCAGCCAUAACAAAAUAAUCAUAGCUUAGAUUACCUUUUAAUAAUUAGAUUAGGUUAAAAAUAAGAUAAUUUCAUUCAUUUACCGACUUUGAGCCAUUGUACUUCACAACUGUAAAUAAGUUAGGUUUAAGUUAUAUUUCCAAGGCUUUUUAGUAUUUUUUUUAAAUAUUUCAACUUAAAUGAACAACCACUAAAAAACGUAUAAGAAUUUUGAGAAACCUUUCAAGAAUAUUCUAUAAAAUGACAAUAAACUUUUAAUACUACAAUCAUAA